GGAAGUGCCAAUAACAAACAUGGCGACUGCAGUUUUGUCCGGUUGGAACUGACGUGCUCUGCCAGAAUCAUGGCUUUGCAGUCAGCGGCAACCCGCGUUUUAUUUUACCCUACCCUGCUGUAUAACGUUAUCAUGGAGAAACUAUCCAGCCGGAAGUGGUAUGACAGGAUCGAUGACACGGUCAUCCUUGGAGCGUUGCCCUUUCGUGGAAUGAGUGAUAGGCUGAUUAAAGAAGAGAAUGUCCAUGGAGUCAUCACUAUGAAUGAAGAAUAUGAAACAAGACUGCUGUGCCACUCAUCUCAGGAGUGGAACAAUUUAGGUGUGGAGCAGCUGAGACUUAGCACUGUUGACUUCACAGGGGUGCCCACCCUUGAGCACUUACAGCAAGGGGUUGAGUUUGUUCACAAGCAUCGGAAAAUGGGCAAUAGUGUUUACAUCCACUGUAAGGCUGGUCGCUCCCGAAGUGCGACAAUGGUAGCUGCCUAUUUAAUAGAGAGACACAAAUGGAAACCCGAGGUUGCCAGUGCUUUUAUAGCAGAAAUCCGCCCACAUAUCCUGAUCCACAACAGACAGCGCCAAAUGCUGGAGAAAUUCUAUCAUUUAGUGACUAACUUAGAUGCUCCAGGAAAUGGAGGAUGAAAUGAAGCAACAUUUAAUCAGUCUGGUUAACCCUUAAAUCUCCAAGGCUAACUCGUUCAGGCCCAAGGUGGUCUGCUGCUGUUUUAUCGCCACCUGAUGAUGAGGGGCCUGGUCUGUUCAGACCAAUGUAUGAUUUACUCUUUAUUAGAGGCUCUUCUCUAAAUAAAACGGAAUAUGGGCCUAUCUGUAUGUUUCUAUUA